UAUAUUUACAGCAUGAAUCAUCUGUGGACUGAAGCAGCACAGAGCUGAAAUAUGAGCUCCCACCUGAAAGUGAAAAUGCUGCUACUAGUGUGUAAAGAGGAGGAAGUGAGAGAAGUUCAAACCCAGAUCAGAGAGGAGGAGGAGAGAUUCAGGGAGGAGCUGAGCUGUUACUGAACUAGAAGAGAGAGAAACCUCCACAUUCAACAGAGUUCAGCACACAAACCAUAAACUUUACCUUCAUUCAACAUGUUGUCUUUGGACUAUUAUGCACUUUCUUUACUGAUUCUCACCAUUCUAACAGGUGUCAGCUGUGAAGAUCUCACUCCAACCAACAAAGAAGUGUUCAGUGUAGAAGGCAGCACUGUUACUCUGUCCUAUAGAUACUCCAAAAAGGCAACUGGAAGUGAUCAUUUCUACUGGUAUCGACAAUAUCCUGGAAAACCACCAGAGUUCCUGCUCUAUCAUUUGGGAUCAGGAAGUGUAAUGAAAGAAGAAAUCUCUGGACUGUCUGUUCAAGUUGUGGAUGAUCAAAAACAAAUCGAUCUCAACAUCUCCUCUGCUGCAGUGACAGACUCUGCUGUGUACUACUGUACCUUCCAGCGCCAGGCAGAGAAGAACUCUUCAACUGGAUUCAAGAAUGGAGAGUAUGGGGGGAGGAUGGCUUUGGGCUCCAUGAACAGCAUAAAGCAGGAACGUGCUGAAGAAGCUGUUGCAGAGGAAGGAAACAUCAACCUGACCUGUACAUAUGAUGGUUCUAUCUACAAUAUCCAGUGGUACCGACAAUACCAGAGAUGCAGACCAGAGUUCCUGCUGUCCAUCACAGAGGGAGGAUCAGUUCAUGAAGCUGUGUCGGGAUUCUCAGCUCACAUUGACAAAACAGAGAAACGUGUAGAUCUGGAGAUCUCCUCUGCUGCAGUGACAGACUCUGCUGUGUACUACUGUGCUCUGCAGCCCACAGUGACAGGAAACACCAAAACUCUGUACAAAAACCUUUGGAGC